ACCUAUGAGAAUGGCGAGCAGCAAGUUGCCUAAAGGCCGGCAUUUGAAUGGUGAUCACAUUGUGUAUGAUAUUGAUGUUAAGUUGCCCAGUGAGGUGCAGCCUCAGCUCGAGGUUACUCCUAUUACAAAGUAUGGGUCGGAUCCGGGUCUUGUAUUGGGUCGGCAGAUUGCAGUUAACAAAACUUACAUAUGUUAUGGAUUGAAAUUGGGGGCUAUACGGGUUCUUAACAUUAAUACUGCCUUGAGAUCGUUGCUUAAAGGCCUUGCGCAGAGGGUCACAGACAUGGCUUUCUUUGCAGAGGAUGUUCAUCUCUUGGCUAGUGCGAGUAUUGAUGGCCGGGUUUAUAUAUGGAAAAUUACCGAAGGACCAGAUGAAGAAGAUAAGCCACAAAUUACAGGAAAGAUUGUCAUUGCUGUUCAAAUUGUGGGUGAAGGGGAAUCUGUGCACCCACGUGUUUGUUGGCAUUGUCAUAAACAAGAAAUUCUCGUGGUUGGAAUCGGGAGACGCAUUUUGAAAAUUGAUACCACUAAAGUGGGAAAAGGUUCAGUUUUUUCAGCUGAGGAACCUCUCAGGUGUCCUGUUGACAAGUUGGUUGAUGGGGUACAACUUGUUGGUACCCACGAUAGAGAAGUGACUGAUUUAUCUAUGUGCCAGUGGAUGACCACGCGUUUGGUAUCUGCUUCAGUGGAUGGCACGAUAAAGAUAUGGGAAGACCGGAAGCCCCUUCCUAUAGCAGUUCUCAGGCCUCAUGAUGGUCACCCUGUUAAUUCUGUUACCUUCUUGGCUGCUCCACAUCGUCCAGAUCACAUCAUACUCAUCACUGGGGGUCCUCUUAAUCGGGAGGUAAAGAUAUGGGCUUCAGCAAGUGAAGAAGGCUGGUUGCUUCCUAGUGAUGCUGAGUCAUGGCGCUGUACACAGACAUUGGAGCUGAAGAGUUCAGCUGAAGCUCAAGCUGGAGAGGCAUUUUUUAACCAAGUUGUAGCCUUAUCUCAAGCAGGUUUACUUCUACUAGCAAACGCAAAAAAGAAUGCUAUAUAUGCUGUGCAUCUGGAGUAUGGCCCAAACCCGGUGGCAACCCGGAUGGAUUACAUAGCAGGAUUUACAGUUACCAUGCCAAUUUUGAGUUUCACUGGGACGAGUGAUCUAUUGCCCAAUGGUGAACAGAUUGUUCAGGUGUAUUGUGUACAGACGCAGGCCAUUCAGCAGUAUGCUUUGGACUUGUCCCAAUGCUUGCCACCUCCAACAGAGAAUGUGGUUUUCGAAAGGACGGAAUCCGGUGUUUCCCGUGAUGCUGCUAGCAUUGAAGGAUCUGCUCCUGCUGACCCCCCUAGAAGUAAACAGCAGGAGCUUCCUUUAUCUAGUUCUGCACCCAAAUCAUCUGUACAUGAAAGUGGCUUUGAGAUAUCACCAACAGCUAGACAUCCUAGUACUGCACCUACUGAAUCGGCCCCCUCUCAAGAAUUAGCUUCCUCCAUUAUAGAAACUAAAUCGUCUACUUUUCCCACUGUAACUAGUGAUAGUGACAUUGCCCCCAUUGCAUCACCUCCGCCUCCUUUGAGUCCUACAUUGUCUCGAAAACUAUCUGGUUUUAGAGGUCCAUCAAACAGCUUUGAGCGUGGCACCUCUGAUAAUGAGCAAGUUGGGGAUCCAAAAGUUGUUGAAUAUUCAGUUGAUCGGCAAAAGGAGGGCACAACUCCAAAUGUGUCUGAUGUUACUUCCUUGGAUGAUGAACCUAAAAAUGAUGAAUCUAAACAGUCACAGAAUGAUGUUCCCUCAGGUAUCAGUCCUCCUGUUAAGUUCAAGCACCCAACUCAUUUGGUGACUCCUUCAGAAAUAUUGAUGGCUAGAUCAUCCUCUGAGGUUAACAUUGUUAACGAGCAGAAAAGUGAGUCAGAAUUGAAUAUCCAGGAUGUUGUAAUUAACAAUGACGCCCGUAAUGUUGAGGUGGAUGUUAAAGUUGUUGGUGAAGCAAGAUUCAGUCAGAAAACUGAUGUUGGCUCUCAAGAAGAACUUCAUUCUUUUGUGUCAGAAAAUAAGGAGAAAGCCUUUUGCUCUCAAGCAUCUGAUCUUGGAAUAGAAAUGGCUCGAGAAUGUCGCGCUUUAUCUCCUGAAACCUAUACUGUGGAGGAAUCUAGGCAGUUUGAUGGGGCUGGUAGAAGUGAGGGACCGUCGCAACCUUCAAGUACACUGGAGGAAGAUCGUGACUCUGCAAAGGAGACCUCUGAAAAGGAUCUGGACUCAACAAUGUCGGUCACUGUUCAUCAAGCACCAGCUCCCACUGCAAAAGGGAAAAAGCAGAAGGGGAGGAAUACUCAAGUAUCUGGGCCGUCAUCAUCAUCGCCUAGUGUUUUCAAUUCAACAGAUUCUUUAAAUGAGUCUGGUCUCAGCUCAAGUACCCCUUCUGUGGAAGCUGCUUUCUCACAAAUUCUGUCCAUGCGUGAGAUGCUAAAUCAGCUUCUGACUAUGCAAAAAGAUACACAAAAGCAGAUGGAAAUGAUGGUUGCUGUCCCAGUGACCAAAGAAGGAAGAAGACUUGAGGCUGCCCUGGGACGGAGCAUGGAAAAAUCUGUCAAGGCCAAUUCUGAUGCUUUAUGGGCUCGUUUACAAGAAGAGUGUGCAAAACAGGAGAAGUCUCUUCGUGAUCGUACACAACAAAUGGCCAAUUUGAUCUCUAACUGCUUAAACAAGGACAUGCCAGGGCUGAUUGAAAAAUUAAUGAAGAAAGAACUAGCAGCUGUUGGACAAGCUGUGGCACGCAGUAUUACCCCUACCAUUGAGAAAACUGUAUCAGUUGCAAUUUCAGAAGCAUUCCAGAGAGGAGUUGGUGACAAGGCAGUGAACCAACUGGAGAAAGCAGUAAACUCCAAACUUGAAGCUACUGUAGCUAGACAAAUCCAAGCACAAUUCCAGACCUCUGGCAAGCAAGCUCUGCAGGAAACACUGAAAUCUACUUUGGAAGCUUCAGUGAUCCCUGCCUUCGAGAUGUCAUGCAAGGCAAUGUUUGAGCAAGUAGAUUUAACAUUCCAGAAAGGCAUUGCUGACCACUCGGCUGCUGCGCAACAGCAAUUUGAGUCCGUGCAUUCCCCGUUGGCACUUGCUCUAAGAGAUGCCAUAAAUUCAGCGUCGUCAAUGACUCAGACAUUGAGCGGAGAGCUGGCUGAUAGUCAGAGAAAGUUGCUUGCUCUCGCAGUUUCUGGAGCAAAUCCCCAGUCAGCAAAUCCGCUGGUUAGCCACAUGAAUAAUGGAUCAUUGCUGCAUGAGAAGAUUGAGACACCUCCAGAUCCAACCAAAGAGUUAUCUAGACUGUUAGCGGAGCACAAGUAUGAGGAAGCAUUCACUGCAGCGUUACAAAGAAGUGACGUAUCAAUUGUCUCGUGGUUAUGCUCUCAGGUUGAUUUGCCAGGGAUUUUGUCCUUGAAUCCUCUCUCUCUGAGUCAAGGAGUGCUCCUUUCACUUCUUCAGCAGUUGGCGUGUGAUAUUAGCAAAGAGACGGUCCAAAAACUAUCCUGGAUGAGGGAUGUGUUGACUGCCAUAAAUCCAACUGACCCGAUGAUCGCAGUGCAUGUGCGGCCCAUUUUUGAGCAAGUAUAUCAAAUAUUACACCACCGCAGAAGUAUUGCUACAACCCCCGCUGCUGAACUUUCAAACAUUCGGCUGAUUUUGCAUGUAAUCAAUUCGAUGUUGAUGAGUAAAUGAUCAAAAAUAUGAUCAUGUUUGGUGAAUAUACAAGCCUGUACAAAUCCUAGGAAUAUCCAUGGAAAGGCAAGUCGUACUGUAAAAUUGAAGUCUGCACCAACCUCCUAUUAUCUCUUUUUGUUUUACUUUUUCUAGGUAAAACCGUAAUCAGUUGGGUGAAUUUUCCUGUUGUAGAGACUUAAGCACAAAAAAAAAGGACAGAAUAGAUUUUUUGAAGUUGUAGAGUUAGUAUUUUUGGGUGAGUUUUCCGUAUAUACCGAAUUUUGACUUGUACAUUGUUAUUAUACUCCAAUUUUAAGCGGGAACUCAAAAGUGCUGUUUUUAUUACUCUUCUAAUGAUCCUAUUUGUGCGAGGAAAA